UGUGUGUAUGUAUGUAUGCGUGCACAUCGCACAUUCCGCAUUAGGAAGCAACUCCUCCUUUCACGCGCGAGAUUGAUUCGAGAAACAACUCUCCAAUGCUUGACGAGGACACUGUGUGACUUCGAUUACAUGAACGUAGCAGCGGCACGCACCUCGGCGAUACAGUGUGCCGCGAUCCGCUUGACAGGAAAAUCCUGGAAAUCCUGCGCGCUCGCGGACUAUGCGACGCCGUAGUCGCGCAGCGGGAUCGCAAGUGCGUGCUCGUUCUGCCUCCCGUCGACUCGACGAUUUCUCGCUCGACUCGCGCCCCGAAAUCCCCGAAAAAAUCGCUGAGCGCCACAUGAGCGAUGUUUUGAGAUAAGAUGCGUAUCCGCGACUGUUCAUACACGCGGACAACGUCGUCCGCCAUUUGAAAGUCGUUCGCGUAAACUCGGAGUUUAGUCGAGCGACAGCGACGAUCGAGUUUGGCCGCGGCCGCGGCCGGGAUUUUCUUCCACUUGACAUCGCAGAGCCGCAUCGCAACCACCGACGCUGCUCGUUCCACCGAUGACGCCAUCGCGGUCGCCUGAGGUGCAACAGCGCGGCGUCGACGCGUGAAUCCCCGAGGAUGCAGCAGGCCAGCGUAGGCGGCGGCUGCGACGAGGACUCCGGCGCGGCGAGUCCGCCGGCGACGAGAUCGCCGGCUAGUUUCGCGAUCAAGAGCGAGCCCGUCGCGGACAAGAACGACGGCGGGGUGAGGGUUAAGGUCGAGAUGCCCGAGCCAACGGAGGCCGCCGGCUCGGCGGUCGAGGUCAAAGGCGAGCCGCGGGAGGACUACCAGCAGCGGCAGCUCAACAGCAACGACGGCUAUCACUACGAGCGCAACGACAAGAAACCGGGAUACAUGCCGGACAGUGCUCCUGGACAGUGUCAACAGCCGCAUCAAGGAUACCGUCCGGUGCCACUGCCGCCCAACUCGUUCGGCUUCCCGCCCUUCUACGGCCACCAUCAUCAUCAUCCCGCCAUGAUGCCGGGCUCCUUCCCCGGCGGAGGAGGACGCCCGUCGCCGGACGGCUCGAUCGGCGACCGGCUGAAAAUCGCCGGCGACGCUCACGAACAGACGGUGGCGGCGGUGGCGGCGGCGGCAGCGGCGGCGGCGGCUUCUCACGUCGACCGACACGUGGCUGCCUACGGCAGGAUGCCGCCGCCGAUCCCCAGCGACGGCUUCCUGCAGGAGCACCAUCAUCGCUACGACGCCGGCGACUUUCAGCACGCCAACCCCGCCGCGAUGCCGUACCCCGGCUUCCGGCCCACAAUGUCGCGCUCGCCGUACGGCAAUCACCAGAACAACAGCGCCUACGGCCGAAGCGCCGGCGGAAGUGGCAGCGGCCACUACCACCCGGCCAGGCAGCGCAAGUGGAGCGGCGCUGCGUUUCGCGGACUGCACCCGCCGAUGCCCUGGCCCACGUGGUUUUUCCGGCCGGAUCUACCGCUCGGCGCGCCGUUGCCGACGAGUCACGUACCGAAUUCGAGCAACGUUCCUACGUCGUCGCCUCUGCCGUCUCGAACGCAUCUGGACGUGCCGAAGGGACCGGAGCCACCUUCCAACAGCAACAAAGUCCAUGGACAGACGCCAACGAUAUGCACGGUGAGUGACACGUGUUUGAUCAUUCGCGAUUUGAUCUUGCCAACUGGACCGUAAUA